AUGGCAGACAUUCUAACCCAACUGCAAACCUGUCUCGAUCAGCUUGCAACCCAGUUCUACGCAACACUAGGCUAUUUGACAACCUACCACGACCACUCUCCCGCCAUACCACCCCCGAAUGUGACCGAUGCCGCCCCAGCCCUAGCAAAAAUCUCCAAGAAUGGGUCUGCACCUCCAGUUCCCGCGUCCGUCGCAGCCUCAGCGGCAGCAAGCGGCGCAGCGGCUGGCGGGGCGCAAUCACCGCUUCCACCACCAACCCACCAACCUGGUGCGUCUGGCGCAACUGAGGGUGAAGACCCGAAUCAAGUCCCAGAGCCAGACUCCCCGCGUGUUUUUGCAGCCCGGCAGCGUGAGUUGGCGCGAGAUCUCAUCAUCAAAGAACAGCAGAUCGAGUAUCUGAUCUCUGUCCUGCCGGGUAUUGGUGCUUCUGAGGCGGAGCAGGAGACUCGCAUUCGGGAGUUAGAAGUGCAGCUGCGGGAUGUGGAGAAAGAGCGCGUUGCUAAGGCACAGGAGUUGAAGAGCCUGAGACACCGGUUAGAAGAGGUCCUCGGGGCUGUGUCGGUCGGUGUUUAUGGAGGUCGAGAAAUUCCGAAAUGA